AUGGGGAAUAGUAUCUCGACGUGUUUCAGCGCCAAGCUGCGCAGUGUCCGCAAACGACACAGCAUUCAGCCAGCCACUGGCGUCUCCGAAGCCAUGGCGGAAUUUAUGCCGGAUGAAAAGCAGACACCGCCGUACUUUUGGGGCGAAGAAUGGAACCAAGAGAGGCGAUUCAAGCAGCAUGCGAAACACUGUGGAUAUGAAGAAGCACGCAUACUUAUCGAUUGCGGCACUCAGAGGGAUAUCGAACGCAACAUUGACAAGGGCUUGAAAGCGGUCACCACGGCGUAUAACCUUUUGUACGACAAGAAUUCCGAGGCAGAGUCCAAACAAAUUUGUUCAGGCUCCGACGCCUCCUUUCAACAACGACUCGAGAAUCUCAACAUCGUCGGGAUCUGUCUCUCUGAUGACCUUAUGGCUUGGAAAAGGGAACACCACGGCCUUGGACGCAUCCCCUCAGACAGUCACCGCGGUCGGCGGCGCGCCUCGAACGAGGUCAUCCAGCUCCUUGGUGCGGAGGACUGGCCCGCACCGCUCCUGACCACGGAUUUGCUCUUUGGAGCGGGCCUGAUGAACAUGCUCAUAGGUGCAUAUGAUGCCCGCGUCCUGUACAGCAACUACUGCGUCGAUACAGACUCCUUGUACGAACCCAAAUCUGAGAGAUCAUCACCCGAGUUUGACAGACCAUCUUCACUGUUCGCCGCGUUCCCAAGACCUCAAAAGGUUCCACUUGGUGUUGAGCGUCGCAAAGCUGUCGAGUCGGGACUGGCUUACAUCCACGGCAAGGCUGACUUGGAGGCUCGGUAUGCUUCACGCUUGACCGACAAAACGGCAAAGAUGGACCGCGAGACAGCUCAUGUGGUCUACUUCUGCGAGGCCAACCGGGCUGGGAUGGCGGCCGAGGCCACGGCCAUCUAUGACGACAUGGUGUUCAGCAGUGCGGCGACCGACAUCAUUAACAUCCGGUCGGACAUGAGCAAUAGUGAGAUUGUCAAUUCAUGCCUCAACGCGGCUGACAUCACGAAUGCCGGUGUGGUGACGGAAGACGCGCUGAGAAGGGUUUAUGAUGCAUAUGCUGCCCACGAGGCUGACUUUGACGAGGCGUUCGACGUGGAUUAUCAUACAACAGGAUAUAGCCGUUGCUUGAAAGUUGCUUGCAAUGGCGCCGAGGUGUGUGAUGGCGUUGAAAGGUUGCUGGAAACGGCGGGAACACGCAACAAGGAACUACUCCGCAAGCUCUGGAUGUGUCUCGCUGGUUGGCCCUUGAAUUACGCCAAAGGUGGCGUCGUGGAUGCGGAUCGAGAGGAGAGCAUCGUUCAGUCCCUGGCUACGUCACUGGCUCAGGUAUACCACGAUGGUCUUGUCCUCGAGGAGCAAUGGCUAAUUGCACAUGCUCACCAUCACGCAUGGCAGAUCAACUAUUUGAUGGAAGCGGCUAUGUUCGGAGGUCUACUGGACGACGACCGACUGAUGGGGAGUGUUGAGUAA